AGAAAAAUCAAAAUGCAAAGAGGAUUAUAUUCUCAUUAACAACAAAAAAAACAAGACGGAACGGUCAUGUCGUGGUCAUACGCGACAAGUGCCUUGCCAUCCUCCUCGAUUACAAUGUUAAUGAUGACAACACGAUUAACGCCAUUGGCACUAACGGCAAGUUACACGGAAGCUAGUGACUUUGUUGGCAACACCACAAAAGAUAUCAAUGACGAGGAAGUGGAAUAUACGCCAUACAGCGACCGACCAGAAACGUACAUCGUACCAAUCGUCUUUCUUUUGAUCUUGCUAAUCGGCCUCACUGGAAAUGGCGUGCUUGCUCUUACGAUCCUGCGACAUACAAACAUGAGAAACGUACCUAAUACGUACGUCCUUUCGCUGGCACUUGGGGAUUUAUUGGUAAUAGUAACAUGUGUCCCAUUCACCUUUACCGUCUACAUUUUGGAUUCUUGGCCUUUCGGAUUAUUGCUCUGCAAAUUCUCUGAGUGCGCGAAGGAUAUAUCUGUCGGGGUGUCCGUUUUUACUCUAACUGCGCUGUCAGCAGACAGAUUUUUCGCUAUCGUGGAUCCUAUGCGAAAAUUGCACGUCACAGGUAGUGGAAGACGAGCAACACGUUUCACUGCAAUUAUUGCGGUCUUGAUUUGGGUUUUAGCUAUAAUAUGUGCAAUUCCGGCUUCCUUUUCGUACAUUAGAGUCUUCAAGGUUAAUCGGAACGUAACCUUUUGCGCAUGUUAUCCGUUUCCCGAGGAGUUUGGGCCAAAUUAUCCAAAGGUGGUACUAAUAUGUCGCUUCUUCAUCUAUUAUAUUAUACCUCUCAGUAUCAUCGCCGUUUUCUAUAUAUUGAUGGCUAGACAUCUUAUGCGAAGUACAAGAAAUAUACUUGGCGAAAUGCAAGGCCAGAUAAAGCAAAUACAGGCCCGUAAAAAGGUGGCAAAGAUGGUAAUGGCUUUCGUAAUUGUUUUUGCUGUUUGUUUUUUCCCGCAACAUGUUUUUAUGCUGUGGUUUUACAUUCAUCCAACUGCACAAAAAGAUUAUAAUGCCUUUUGGCACUACUUUCGUAUCUUGGGUUUCUGCCUUGCUUUCACCAACAGCUGCAUCAACCCUAUCGCUCUCUACUGCGUAAGUGGUACUUUCAGAAAAUACUUUGACAGAUACUUGAUAUGUUGCGCCACGAAUAAAAUACGGAGACGACAUCGACGAUCAUCGGAUCUAAGCUCACGUGGACGAGGACCAAGUUUUUCACUUGUCAGUUCAAGAAAGAACUUGGGCGAUUCUCGUCGAGAACAACGAUCUGUGAUGCGCCUCUCUAUUAUGGCCGGUAAUAUACGACCUGCGACUCCGAUUAAAGAGCAAGAAACUACUAUCACUCUGUCGGCGUAUCCAAAUGGUGUUAACGAGUCAUUAAGGAAUCAACGAAUCUCGAUAGAACCAACCGUACGCGAUCGAUUAGUUCCUUUAUAAA